AUGACAUCGCGUCCUCAGCAAUCCACGGAACUCCCCGCGACCGCGCCCAUGGUUUCCCACCCUGAGGCCGCGGGCCGUGCCAGAACCGUCCGCGCUGACCCGUCCCUGACCUCCGCUCGCUAUCCUCAUCUCCAGCACCGCCGUCGCUUCAGUGGAGGCCGCUCGCACCACGGCGGCUCCUCCAACCAGCCUCUCAACGAGUUCCCCAUCUUCUCCGUCACCGGCGACGUGGAGCUUGUCAUCCGGGCGUCGAAUCAGGAGAGGAAGUACCUGCUGCACAGGCUGAUAUUGGCGCAGAACUCCGGCUUCUUCGAGGCCGAUACCAGCGAGGAAUGGUCCGGGGUGCAGGCCCAGCGCGAAGCUGCCGUCUCUACGAGCUCAGUUGGACCUCUGCCGGGGAACGUCCCCGACGGGCUGGAGGCCAUCCAGGAGAGUGAUCAGGAGUCGCGUGCUUCGCCCCCUAGCGCCCCAAAGAAGAAUCGCUGGAGGUAUGAAUUGGAUUGGGAGAAUAGGGAGCAGGAUGAGAUGCCAAUUCUCGUGCAGAAGCCUCCCACCGCGAGCAAUGCUGUAUUCGGCGAAACCAGACCGCAACAGCCGCCUCCGGCAAGAAAUAAACCUCCACCGCCCCAGCAGGGCUUCUUUCGAACGAUGGCGAAUCUGACUGGCAUCCAGUCCGCUCUCCAUCUUCCAAGCACGUUGACCGUAGAGGAGCCUCCGGUCGACCCGACGAUACGUGAUUACGAUAAUCUGUUCCGCAUCUUCUACAACCAUUCUCCUCUUCUCAAUUCUGUCAACAUCGCGUCUGCUUAUUCCGAAUGCAAGUCGCUGCUUACCCUGGCGGACAUGUACGACGCCCUUCCCGUGGUCGGUCCCCGUGUCGAUCACCAUCUGUUACGAUUCUCCUCGCGGUUAUAUAAACAGAUCGCGAAAUACCCACCAAGCUACCUUAAGCUUGGUUACCUGGCGCGUAGUCGGGUCAUCUUCGCAGAGGCCCUUAUCCACGUCGUCGGUCAAUGGCCGGCGGCGCUGCCGUACCUUGGCCCCAAUUCCUAUGCUCCACUUCCCGAUCCAGUUUUAGAUCUGAUUGAGGAUAAAGUCGACGACCUGGAGGACAUGAUUGCGCGAACAGAAGGCAAACUCUUCCGCCUUACCCUGACCACAUCCAGGGGUGAACGCGUUAGCCCCAACAACGCGUACUUGGAUUGGCUGGCCGUCUCGUUGUUCCGCCAAUUCCUGGUCGAAAACACCACUCCGCCACCUGCGUCGAUAUUGAAGAACUCGUCCUCUCAGCAAACCCGCAACAUCCACAGCUCUGGCUCAACAGGCUCCAAUCCUACCAGUCGCCAGAACAAUUCCGCAACCAAUACGCCUGCCGGUGGUGGCACUGCCAACCGCCCUGCACCGCCGCCAUUCUCCAUCGGCCGCACUUAUCGCCUGCUCGGCUCAUCUAACUCCCAGGCUUACCUCCCACAUGACGAACUCAAACGCUUCCUUAAACUGCACCCGUCAUCUGACUCUCUCUACUCGCGCGAGAAUUUCAAGCGUUUUGAGCGGAAGAUGGACGAGAUUAAGCGGCUUGCCAGGGAGAUAGUGAAACCCUUGAUGCGGAACUUCCUCGAACUGGAUUUGAGAGGCGGCAGCGAUGACGAUUCCUCUUCCCAUGGCUCGCUUUUACCUUACUUGACGUGCACGAGAGUCGAACAAGCUGAUUUCCCAUGGGAUUAA